ACAGCUGUUGGUGCCUAUCCUUCCAGGCAAAAUGCUAACAGUCGUUGCCUUUCUCUUGAAAUCUGCUCUCACAAUUCUUGAUGUGACUGGUUACCUAUUGUCUACAUUUGGAGUGCAUAUAGUCUUGUUGAAUACCAUGCAACUAGUGGAGAAAACAGAGAAAAAGGUGGGCAGAAAGCUCUCAAUGGUAAACAACUCUGAAUGGAUGAAGAAUUUGGAGUGUUUAGUUGACACUAUCAACAAGAAAGUCACAAGGCCAUCAAUCCGUCUAAUUUACAGAGACAUAAUCUGUGAUGAAAUCCUUCAACCACUCAUUCAGAUAGAGUCAGCUGUAGAGAGACAUCCUGCAAUCAAUAAUGUCUGCAUUGACAAGCCCAUAUUUAUUUCUGGUAGUGGACGUAACGGGUCAACUUUACUCCAGGCUCUGAUGGCCAAUUACUCUGAGCUCCGCUACCUCACCCUGCCAGAGUGCAGAGAAAUGCUGCCUCUAGAUGAAAAACGAGAAUUUGAUCCCAACUGGAGACAAGAACGAGAUGAGAGAUGGGCUUGGAAACUGGACCUCUCACAGAGAGCUUUGGUCGAUUUCAGGAUUUUCAGUCAUGAACUGAGUGCUAACAAACCAGAGGAAUGUAUUCCCAUUCUCAGUCGCUAUAUGUUCCUUUGGCCAAUCUACACAUUGGGUGCUGUCUGGAAUGGUGAACAUGUAAUACAGUGGCUCAAAUCAAAGGCAUGCCAUGGCAGUAAACCUUCAUCACGGUUGCUACUCAAGUGUCCUAUUCACUCAGCUUUCCAUACUUUCAUCCGGAAAGUAUUUCCAGACGCAUUUAUCAUCAGGCUUCAUAGAGAUCCAGGUCAAAUGGCUGGAUCCCACUGUUCCAUGCACACUGGCAUCACUGAAGCAUUUGGAGUCAAUCAACCUAAGAAGGACAUUGGAGAAAUGACACUGAAAUGGCUAUCCUUGUCUUGCAAUCAGAUGGUGACAGAAGAGACAGAUAAACAGAUGAUUGACAUUCGCUACAACGACUUGAUGGCUGAUCCAGUAGGUGUGUGUGGUCAAAUUGCACAAUUAGUGGGUCUCCAGCACACGGAUGAGGUAGUAUUGAAGCUACACAAUCACAUGAAAACCAACCCCAAGCACAAACAUGGUGUUCACAAUUACUCGGCAAUCGACUACGGGAUUCACUGUGAACAGCUCCGCAAUGACUUUGAAACUUAUUGCAAAAGGUUUGGCAUUUGAUUGCAUUAUAUAUCAUGCCAAUAAUGAAACAGUUGAAUACUGGAGUAUAGACAAAUUUGACAUCUUAUCCAAUAUUCUAGUUGCCUGCAAUACUAUAUAAACUGUAGUAAAUUUACUGUAUCAUCACGAGAAAAUAUAACGAUGUCUGGUUCAGAA